AUGGUAAAUCACGGGCAUGUCUUUACUGAUAUUGUCCUCACAAUAAACGGAUUCACGCGAACCUCGCCAGUGCUGCCUUCAGUCUGUGCGGCAUACGGUGGAGUUCGCCAACGGCUGCAAUUUCCUUAACCAGUCCGCAGGUCGCCCGAGACUCUGAAACUACUGCUCGGCCUAUAUGAGCCAAAAAGUGUCUCCGAGGAUGAUCCACAAACAGAAGUAUUGUCAAUGACUGAUGGGACUGGCGGUGGAUUGUAGUCCGUUGUGAAUAUUGACGUGGCGUUUUAGACAAAACUGUGACAUGUCCUUCGCUCCGGAUGAUCCAGAGGACGAUCAGCAUUGCGCCCAUGUCCAGUUUUCCAUUGGACAUGCGCUAUAAAGGCAUUGGACCAGUUAGGAUACAGAUCCUCGUGGAGCUGCAGGGAAAUCUGUGGCUGCAGUUGUUUGACUUUGGCAUAAACUGCACUCUUCCGUACAGGUUUCGUGUGCACAGUCAAUUGCGAGCAUGAGCUAACAGUUUGUCAUCUCGCAGUCUCGUAGGGGCACAUUCAAAUAACCGAACCAGCCGAUGAGGCUGACGGAGUAGCGACAGGCAGGAGGAGUGGAGGUAGACCGAUGGCGAAGAUGACGUGACGUCUCUGUUUUACGUGUGACACAUAUAGGACUGUGUGUGAAGAAUGCUUGAUAUUGUGCGCUGGUGGAAGGAGAGGACAAAUGGGAGAAGAUUAAAGUACACAGAGUGACUAGCAAACACGCCGGAAAAUCCUGCUGGGAUUAAGAACGGGCUUGCGCGCAUAUUAGGGGCUUAUUUGAAGGUUCAUUUUAUCAAAAUUCCAAAGGAGUCCAGGUCAGCAUGAAGAACCAGCGUAUAUGACCGGCAACAGACACGCUGAGAUAUCACAUUUGGCCUUGAUUUUAGGCAACAAGCCAUCAUGAUGCGGCGUAGUCGUGCUGAAAAAUACGUGGCAUUCGGGAUAUGUGCUUUGUCUAGUUUCCUCCAGACCAAUUUCAGACAUGGCAAGACGAUGAUUGUUAUAAUAGGAGCAUAUUGAGAAUCGAGCGAUGUGCGUAGAGGUGAUGCACAUCUUAUUUCGGAGUUGUCUAGGUCAGUGCAGAGCAAAGACAGGUUGUGGCUGUCCCUGUACAUACACGCUCGCUGCUUCCUCCCACCUCACUAUGAGAAGAUAUAUUUAAAAGCCGAGGUCCAAUCAUGUGUUUAAAUAUUUUAUUUCAGGAAGGCGGAGGAGACGCAACCGUGGAAAUACGAAUUGACCUUUCAGGUUCACAUCAGAGACAGCAUCAGAUCAUGGCGAAUGAUGCAAUCCUUGUGCAUGCUUGCGCUCCCUGCUCGCAGGCCGGUGAGCCAGAUGGCCGAGCAAUCAUCCCGCCGGCAUGCAACAGGAGUGACGAGAUUUCAGCAAUUGACAACUUGCAUGCAGUCCAUGAAGCAAUUAGCGCACCAGCGGGCAACAAUCCUCGAUGAGGGGGGGGGAGGGCGAUUAAUUAUCAUUGGCAUGCAGUGGCAUAGCGACUGCAGCCUAUAAAUACUGCAACCUCCCGUGCACGAAUCACCCGUUUCUGCUACUGCCUCUGAUGAUGGCUUCGAGGGAGAAUCCGAAGCGUCGGGCGAAUAAGGCUCUAAUUCCAGCGAUCGCUUCUACUUCUUAUCAAAUGACACAACGCCGAUUGGCGUCUAGUCGUCUCCACGACGUGGCCAUGUCACGUGCGUUGCAAAUGGCAGGAGGUUUCAGGCUGACAGAAGGCGUCGUGAGAGAAUAACAGACUGUCGACCAGGAGAACGGACUGCCACAGGCAAACAAGCUCGCCUCAAGCGCUGACUGUCCUACCACACAACAUCCCAGCCGCCGCCACCGUCGCAGGGCAGGUUAGUAUCUUUUUUAUUCUACUCUUCAUUCACAUGGGAAUUUUCUUAUAUUUACAUCUGUCGGCCUAUUUCGCAAAUUACAUACAUUCAUUUUCCCCUCUUUGUUUAUCUGAAGUACAAUAAUGAGGUCAUCGUUGCUCUUUAAAUUUCCUUAGAAAUUGACUGCAAACCUGGAGUACAUCUGCAUCCUUAAGGUCUAUAGGCUCACACCAAAGUCUGUAUGUAUGAAUAUUUCGGCCGAAGUCCAUCAGCCAUGUCGGUAUACUACGCUGGCAGACUUCUGAUCUUCUGGUCACCACAGUGAUUGACCGAUAUCAUGAAAUAUUGGCGGAAAUGCUUCGAUUGGGAAAAAUUAUUUGGGUGGGAUUGUAACAUUGAUUAUCAUUCAGCAUAACGCUAUUGAAUUUCGUACUCGACGGAAUGUCGCCAUUUGAAUGCACUUGCUUACAAUCUUCUGAAGUAACCACGCUGGUUGAAAAAUGACUACAUAGUUCGUCUGAAUUUUUUACAUCAAUUUUCGCUGACAAAAUAAAUUUAAAUACAUUAUAUAGAAAAGGCACAAAAAUAUGCUUUCAUUUAGUUGUUUGGCAGAAGGUCACAUCCUCUUUACACUUUAUACCCCAAGCAAUUUUAUCCUUCGAUUUUACCAAACUUUUGAAUUACGAGAUUUCUAAGACCGUACGAUGUCCAUACAUACAGCAUGGCACAUAUCAGUUUCACAGUGCUCCUCAUGAAAUGUACAACAUAGUCCACAUCCAUUGCAGAAUUUCAUGAAAUCCAUAUAGUACCUUCUUAGGGUAUAGAGGAGUAUGGGAUUUUCCUUACACGGAAAGCGUACACCUUGCAGGUUGCCAUCGCUAAGCGCAAAUGCAGUGGCAGAUCAGGCUCGAAAUGAUUCGGGAAUUGAGAAACAUUUCCAAAACUGAAAUACACACUUUCGGGUAUAAAAUGUGAGCACAAUGUGGUUACCGACCAAGCGUGUAAAUGAUGCAUAUUUUGUGCAUUUCUUCUACAAAAUAUAUUUGAAUUUAUCGGCACAGACGAAAAUAAAUGUGAAAAAUGCAUGCAGAAUAAGUGAUCAUUUUUACUGGUUGUGGUUUCUGCAUGAGGUCGAAAUACUACAGCGUUACGCCGUAUGAUAAUCGAUGUUACAACCCCAUCUAAGUAAUCCUUCCUAACCGAAAAUUCCAUUUAGAAUUUCGAUCAACAUUUCAUGAGACCGGUCACGAGCUGUAUCUGCUUUGCAUGCCCCAUUUAUAUCCACUGUGGAUGGAGGCCUAUUUGCUGAAAAUUUUGGAAUGAAACUUGCGAAAUGAGAUCUAUCGUGCUCCCUCUCUCUAACACAGGCGAAAGAACGAAUGAUGUUAUACAAAUGCGACUGACAGGCAGAGAAGGCCUCGAUGAUGCCGACUAGAUCAGGCAUGAUCGCAGCCGUACCAUUUAGAAGAAGAGGAAGACAUGAGGGUCAGACCUACACACAUUCUGUCAAGCUGGAUGACACGAAAACCAUCUUUUGAUGUGGGGGCGGUUCUCAGACCUUAAUUAAAUCAACAUGAAAAUAUCAGACUGAGCCCCGAAUACGAGACUGAACCUUUACGAGAUCGUACUAUAUUUGGACACAAGAUUGCAUUUUGCAUCAACCGCGACCGAACUGGAACGCGAACCUGCGAGAAGAGACCUACAUUGGAGUAGGAUAAAAGGCGGUACCCUCUUAAGAUUGGGCAUGUCUUCAUUGAUAUUGCAUCCACAGUUAAAUAGUGUUACAGGUCGAUGCGCCCUGUCUUUCUGGGCUAAUUGCACAUGUAUCUGCAUUUAUGCUGUACCAGAUAAUACAGGACAUUUUGCAAUUUUAAAAAUCCACCUACAGCUUCUCCUAUCGGAAUCAUUGUAGAAAGUGCAUGUUCAAUCCCCAUGGACCUGGUGGAUGCUGAGGACCGCUCGUCUCCUCUCUCCUUCCCAUUUGGCCUGAGCAGGCCUCGCCGCAAAAAUCAAAUGUGUGGUGCCUACGAGGAGGCCCUUUCCGUCAGCAUCCGCUAUCUGCGCCAGGCGCCUACGAGUCAACAAUAUCCUGCUCAUUCCCUCCCUCCCAUCCUCGUCUCCGCCAUCACUGAUUGCGACGUCUUGAGAGAAAUGCUUGCUCUCCAUGGCGGCUUCGUGUAG